AUGGAUAUCGGUGACCCAAACAAUAUAUGUGAACAUUGCAAUGCAAUCUAUUGGUAUGAGGAGCGUGUUAAUAAGGCAGUGCGUAGCGGAACAACUAAAUAUUCAACGUGCUGUGGUCAUGGGAAGAUCAAAUUGCCAAAGAUGGUGCCACCUCCAAAAAGGAUUUUCAACUUAUUCUUUGCAAGAGGAAAGAAACGGAAUGAAUUUCUAAAGCACAUAAGAAGCUUCAAUAACAUGUUUUCUUUUACAUCCUUGGGGGCUAAGGUUGAUAAAUCAAUCAACCUUGGAAAUUGCCCACCAAUAUUUAGGAUAAAUGGGCAAAAUUAUCAUUUGAUGGGAGGAUUAAUGCCCGAUCCUGGAAAGAGUCCAAAGUUUGCUCAAUUAUACAUCCAUGAUACAGAGAACGAAGUAGAGAACCGCAUAAAUGCAUUCAGUGGUGCUGACCCCAAUGACCAAACGCAUGUUGAUAUAGUUCAAGAUAUCAAGCAAGAUCUAGAUGAGCACAAUGUGUUGGUGCAAUCAUUUCGUUGGGCAAAAAAUCAGAUUGACAACAAUCCAGAAGUUAAUUUUAGGAUGAGGUUGAUUGGUAAGCGUCAAAGUGAUGCAAGGACGUACAAUCUACCCACUGUUUCAGAGGUGGCUGCUUUAAUUGUUGGCGAUCUAGACCACACACUCGGGCAACGGGACAUAAUAGUGGAGACCAAGGCUGGAUCACUCAAGAGGAUAAACGAGCUCAACCCAGCGUAUUUGCCAUUGCAAUAUCCCCUUUUAUUCCCUUUAGGCGAAGAUGGCUAUCGAGAAGACAUACAAUACUGCACAGCAUCCAAUAAACCAACCGCUGCUAGGGUUCGGGUAUCGCAGCGUGAAUACUUUGCAUACAAGAUACAUGACAGGUUCGGUGAACUGUCUUUGCUGUCAUACGCCAAGCGAUUAUUCCAACAAUUCUUGGUCGAUGCAUACACGAUGGUAGAGUCGGGCAGACUACAGUACAUAAGAAAUAAUCAGAAGGCAUUGCGGUGUGAAGCAUACAAGGGGUUGUCUGACGCGUUAACAAGGGGAGAGGUUGAUACAAACAAGCAAGGUAAGCGAAUCAUCUUACCGUCGACAUUCACUGGCGGUGCCCGAUAUAUGAUUCAGAAUUAUCAGGAUGCGAUGGCCAUAUGCAGACAUAAGGGGUAUCCAAACUUAUUUAUAACCUUCACAUGCAACCCAAAGUGGCCUGAGAUCCAAAGAUAUAUGGACAAAUGCAACCUCAACGCAGAAGACAGACCAGACAUUGUAUCUAGGGUCUUCAAGAUUAAGUUAGAUGCUUUAGUCAAAGAGAUACGCAUUGGCAAGCUAUUUGGUAUUGUAACCGCAGUGAUUUAUACUAUCGAAUUCCAAAAACGUGGAUUACCACACGCUCACAUUCUCAUAUUCCUCCAAAGGUUGUCAGAAGGAUUUUCAGCUAAUCAGAUGGACCAGAUCAUAUUCGCUGAAAUACCCAACAAGGAACUAGACAGUGAGUAUUAUAAAGCUGUUGGGGAAUUCAUGAUGCACGGCCCAUGUGGACACGAAAGGCCUAAAUCUCCAUGCAUGGUCAAUCAAAAGUGCUCUAAACAUUUCCCUAAGAAGUUUGUUGAGGUAUCCACAUUGGACGAGGACGGUUACCCUAUCUACAGGCGUCGUGAAAAUGGUGCAACAGUUGAGAAAAAUGGGGUUCAGUUGGACAGCAGGUAUUGUGUCCCGCAUAACAGUUACUUACUGUUGAAGUAUAAGGCGCAUAUUAACGUAGAAUGGUGCAACCAAUCAAGAUCAAUAAAGUAUUUGUUCAAAUAUGUCAACAAAGGGAAUGACAGGGUUACUGCUGAAUUCUACAAGACCACAACUGAUGCCAACGAGAAUGCAACUGUGGAUGAAAUUACCAUGUAUUACGACUGCCGGUACGUGUCCGCUUGCGAGGCAGCAUGGCGUUUGUUGUCCUUCGAUGUACAACUAAGGCACCCGCCCGUUGAGAGAUUAAGCUUCCACUUGCCAGAUUGCCAAACAGUUGUGUUUGAGGAUGAUGAUAGGAUCGAGAAUGUUUUAAAUAGGCCGACUGUCAGUCACAGCAUGUUCACCGCAUGGUUUAACGCAAACAAGAAAUAUGUUGAGGCUAAAGAGUUGGCUUAUAUCGACAUGCCAAACAAAUUUGUAUGGAAGAAAGAUAUUAGGGAAUGGCAUCCUAGGAAGAGGGGGUUCGCUAUUGGACGCAUAUUUUUUGUACCUCCCGGCAGCGGUGAAGUCUACUACUUGCGAUGUCUUUUAAACGUAGUUCGUGGCCCAACGAGUUUUGAAGACAUCAAGACAGUUCAAGGUGUUGUAUACCCAACCUUUAGAGAUGCAUGCUAUGCUAGAGGGAUGCUAGACGAUGAUAGAGAAUAUAUUGAUGCAAUUAAUGAAGCAAGUCAUUGGUCAACUGCCAAUUCUAUGAGAAAAUUAUUUGUCAUUUUACUGACGGCAAACUUGGUGAAUCGGCCAGAGAAUGUCUGGAAUCACGUCUGGCACCAUCUAUGUGAGGAUGUGCAAUUUAACAAGAGGAAAAUGUUGAAAGAUAUGGAUUUGUGUUUGUCUGAUGAUGAGAAGAAGAACUUAGGACUUCUUGAAUUAGAUAGGUUGUUGCAGAUGUACAACAAGUGUUUGAAAGAUUACCCUGAUAUGCCAAUCCCAAAUUACGAUGAUUCUUUAUUCUCGAACAAUCGAUUGUUGUUUGACGAGCUCAACUAUGACCGACAGGCAAUGACAGAAGAGUAUGAGACGAUGGAAAAACAAUUAACUGAUGAGCAGUUAGUUGUUUACGAAACUGUUCUGAGUGAUAUACAACAUCAGAAAGGGGGGCUCUUCUUUGUAUAUGGUUAUGGAGGUACAGGAAAAACAUUUGUCUGGAAAGCGUUGUCUUCGAAGCUACGUUCUACUGGGGAUAUUGUGCUAAAUGUUGCUUCGAGUGGGAUCGCCUCAUUGCUCUUGCCAGGAGGUCGAACAGCUCACUCAAGGUUCGCUAUUCCAAUAGCAAUUAAUGAGGAUUCAACUUGCAAUAUAUGCCAAGGGAGUCAACUGGCGGAAUUGUUAAUCCAAGCCAAGCUAAUCAUAUGGGAUGAAGCACCGAUGAUGCACAAACACUGCUUUGAGGCUCUAGAUAAGACAAUGCGCGAUCUGUUACGCCACUGUGAUCCUAACAGUGUACAUAAGACAUUCGGAGGCAAGACUGUUGUGCUAGGCGGUGACUUCCGGCAAAUAUUGCCUGUCAUUCCUAAAGGUUCGAGGCAAGAUAUUGUUUCAGCUGCAAUAAACUCAUCUUACCUUUGGGAUUCUUGCAAAGUCCUUCGACUAACCAAAAAUUUGCGUCUUAGGACACUUGAUGAUUCAGCCAGAAAGGAACACAUUGAACGAUUUGCUGCGUGGUUGGCUGAUAUAGGAAAUGGAAUAUUAGGUGGUCCUAAUGACGGUCACGGAAAAGUUGAAAUACCAGAAGAAAUGUUAUUGCCAUCAAAUGGUGACUACAUCUCUACAAUAGUUGAUACUAUUUUUCCAAUGUUUAGGCAGGGUGGGUCUAACUUACAACAAAUGGAGAAUCGUGCCAUACUUGCUCCAACACUAGAUGUGGUAAACGAGGUCAAUGAAUAUAUGAGUGGUUUGCAUGUGGCUGAGAGCAAGACCUACCUAAGUUCUGACACAGUUUGUAAGUCUGAUGCAACAAAUGGUAUACUAUAUGAUAUGCAUACUCCUGAAUUCCUAAAUGGUUUGAAAGCUUCUGGCAUACCCAACCAUUCUUUAACUUUGAAGAUUGGCUCCCCCGUCAUGUUGCUCAGAAAUAUAGAUCACUCAAUGGGACUUUGUAAUGGUACAAGAUUGAUCAUUACUAGGUUAUCUGAUCAUGUUGUAGAAGCUAAGAUUGUCGCAGGCCACAAUGCCGGUAAUGUAGUCUUGAUUCCGAGGAUGUCAAUGACUCCAACUGAUACAAGAUUGCCUUUCAAAUUCCAAAGGAGGCAAUUUCCUCUAAUGCUGUCAUAUGCGAUGACUAUCAACAAAAGUCAAGGGCAGACUUUAACACAUGUUGGAUUACUACUAAAGAAGUCGGUUUUUGUUCAUGGUCAACUAUAUGUUGCUGCUUCAAGGAUUAGUAACCCGGAUGGGUUAAAAAUUCUAAUUCAGAAUGAGGGUGGUGAGAGUAGUAACUAUACUACGAAUGUUGUGUACCAUGAAGUUUUUAAUAAUUUGUAG